AUGAUGAAUGCCCUUCCUGCCACUGUGAAUAUCCCAGAGAGGAUUACACCAAACGACGUCGAGGAAGUGUCGUCCAGAGACGGGAAACUCGAAGAGCCGGCGAAGAGGGAAACAGAACAAGAACGGCAUUCUGCCAUGCGGAACCACCAUCAAAUUCGAUCCGCAGAUGCUGCCGCUGAUCCGACCGCCGAACGAGUUUCCAAGCUCCACAAGAAGGACGUUAUGUUAGGGAGAGGCUAUGGAAUCCAAAAUCAUCCCGGUAACGAACGCAUGCGCGAUAUUAUUGCCAAAUACAAGCCACAGUACCACUCGAUGACUCGGGAGGGCAAACGGAAACUCAUUGAAGGAGCCUACAACGAGAUCACUGAAAGUGGAGCGAAAUUUCUCAAGAAGCUCGAUGGUAAAAAGGGGUGGGCUGUUGUUGAUCGAGUCACUGCCCUGAACAAGAUAAGGCAGUCUGUGAAACGGCGAAAGAAUGCCGCUCACCCGUUUGACGAAGAAAACUGGAACAAGCCAACCACUUUCGGAGGAUUUGCUGGACCUGGAGCUCGGGCUCUAGCAGGAAUGCCCUCAGCACUAGAAGGAAUGCCUUCAGCAAUGGCAGGAAUGCCUAUACCUGGAGCCAUGCGUGGAAUGCCUCCAGCACUAUCAGGAAUACCUGGAGCUAUACCAGGAUCUAUGCCUGGAGCUACACCAGGAUCUAUGCCUGGAGCUACACCAGGAUCUAUGCCUGGAGCCAUACCAGGAGCUAUACCAUUAUCAAUUUCCGUUCCUACACCAGCCAGUCUCCCAUCACUUGUCGCCCCCUCUAGUAGGUACGCACCUCCAGCACGUGCCGCCGAGGACAUGUCCUUGGCCGCCUUGGAGGCGCAACGAAUGGCCGCGUUGCAGCGAUACAGAAUGAUAACUGGUAGUAUAGCUGCUGCGACUACCAGACAAGAUGACAUGGAGUACUACCAAAACCUACGAAGACAACAAGAAACAAGACUGCUGAUGGAACAACGGAACACUGCCGAAGUAGCUAAAAAGUGA